UACCCGCUUCGUCGUAGUAAGCUAUUAGAAAGUUCCUAUCUCAUAUUGUUUAGAAGCAUCAUUCUUUCGUAGAUUUGAAAAAGUUCAUGAUUUUUUUACAAAACAGUUAAAUUUAUCCAAACUUGGUCAUGCUUAAAUUUACUCUAGAUAAGGCUUCAAAAACGAGUGCAGGGAGUGUAUCGGGAUGGCGUCCACCUCUUGUCUGGGAUAAGAAAGUCCCAAAUACGGAAGUUGAUAAGUUCAGGAAAGUGGUCGAGCGCAAACGCAACCUACAUUUUGAUUCCUACCGUGAUUUUCAUAAAUGGUCUGUUGAAAAUUAUGCAGAUUUUUGGGAAGAAGUUUGGAAUUACUUUGAUGUGAUUUCAUCUAAACCUUACGAGCAAGUGGUAGUUAAAGCAGGUGACGGUUUUCUGGAUUAUGACUGGUUCCCUGGUGCGGCUAUGAAUUAUGCCGAAAAUGUUCUGCGGAUAAGAGACGACAGAAUUGCUCUCAUUUAUCUGGAUGAGACAGGAUACGAAGAAACUGUUACUUUCGCAGAAAUGUUUGAAGAGGUCAAACUUUACUCAGCGGCAUUCCGGAAACACGGCUUAAAAAUAGGAGAUGUAGUAGCCUGUUAUAUGUCGAACAGAAAAGAAGCCUUAUUUGCAAUGCUGGCAACUGUAAGCAUAGGGGCAAUCUGGGGUGCAGUUCAGCCUUUUUAUGGAGCCCGAUCUACUGCAAAGAUCCUUAAAAUGAUGGAUGCGAAAUGUUUAAUCACUAUUGAUCAUCACCAAGAUUAUGGCAAAGAUUAUAAUCUCUUAGAAAAUCUUCCUGUUAUAGUAGAGAAUUGCCCAACUCUGCAGAAAGUUAUUGUUAUAGUUACGAAAGAAGAAAGUCUGGCCGGUGGUAUUUCAGGCAUCAAGAAUGGUUGCUGUUUAGAAGAGUUUCUUAGGAGCGGUCGCAAUCCUGAUGGCAGUGUACCUGACAUAGUGUUUGAACAACUUUCCUUUAACCAUCCUAUCUGCGUCAGCUUCACAUCAGGUACCACAGGCUUACCGAAAGGCCCCGUGCAUUCAGGUGGGACAUUUUUAACCUUUCUGGCAACCUGCGCCUUUCAUCAUAAUCUAUCCAAUGGAGACGUCUUCUUGAACCAAUGUCCGGCGGGUUGGACUCUUUGGGAUUGCUUCAUUCCAUCUUUAGCGUUAGGCACCACUAUAUUUCUAUACUGCGGCAGUGCUUAUUUUGUACUGAAUGGAAUGAACAUAUGGGACAUAAUCGCCAAAUAUAAAGUCACAUGCACUACCCUUGUAACUAACAUGGUAGAAAAACUGGAGAAAUUAGAUACUGUGCCAAGUCCAAGUUCAAAUUUUGAAAAUUUUAAAACUUUACUUAUAUGUGGCAGUCCUGUCCUAACUCGUAAUUUCCAGUACAUUCAUAACAAGAUUACGAAAGAUGUGUUCGUUGGCAGUCAGUAUGGAAUCACAGAAUCUUUCCAUUGCUUCUCCGGAUACGACUUCAACUCACCAGCUUACGCAGGAGAAAUCCAGGCUUUGGGCCUUGGGUUGGACAUUCGCGUUGUAAACCAGAAUGGAUGUCCCGUUGUUGGUGAAAGAGGCGAAAUUGUUAUAGGUACUCCUUGUCCAUCCUUACCUAUUUACUUGUGGAAAGAUACCAAUAACAGCAUAAUGAAUGCUACAUAUUUCAAGAAAUAUACGGGAGUUUUUUGUGUCGGUGAUGAAGGCUGGAUUAAUCCGGAAACGAAAGGGCUUAUAGUAAUUGGAAGAAGUGAUGAUGCUUUGAUACAAAAUGGAGAACGAUUUGGAGCGACAGAUGUGUAUUUUGCUAUCAAUGAGAUGAAAGAGAUCAUGGACUACAUAUGCGUGAAUCAGAGUAGAAAUGAUGGUGAAUGCAGGGCUGUUCUUUUCGUCAAACUGAAAGAGGGUUAUGAGUUUACACCCGAACUCAAAGCAAAGAUAGCCGAGACUAUUGAAAGAGAACUGUGGGAAGACUGUGUGCCAGAGGUCAUUUUGGAGGCCCCAGACAUCCCUUAUAAUUUGAACAAUAAAAGAAUGGAAAAUCUUGUCCGGAAAAUUGUGGCAACCAACCAGAUCCCUGAAGUAAACAACAUCAAGAAUCCGGAUUCUUUGAAAUACUUUUGUGAUAUUCCAGAGAUUCUGAAUUAUCUGAACAAAUAAAAAACUUGUCAUAUCUUUCUGCUUUGUUCAUUAUCAGAAAUAUUAUUAUAUUUUCAAUUUAAACUAUAAAUGUACUCAUUCUGUAAGCAAUACUGUAAGAAGAAAUCAUUUAUUUUCAGCAAUGUACAUUUGAAAGCUAAGAUAGAAUUUCAAUAAAGCGAAUUUCGAACGGUAAGAAAAGGUUAUGCAUUAAAGUCUUUUAUUAAAGACUAUUAUUAAAUAUUAAUAAUUUUAUUAAAGACUAUUUUAUUUUUAUUAAAGACUAUUUAUUAAAGUUAUUUGUACUGUUUAUAUUCAGACAGAAAGAAUGGAAUAAAUAUGCUGUG